GAGGAGUUUCUUCCUGCUGCUCUGCGCCCCACCCCCUCCCAGCUGAAGGAAGGAAAUUGCAUUUCAGGGCGUCAGGGGUCUGAGACGACGUGGCUUACCAAGUCUUUUAAAACUAGACAGAACACAGGAAGAGAUAAUACGCUAAUUCAAACAACCAAAAAGAAUGAUUCCCAACGAUCGAGUGAAAAAGGAUGAAACAGAACAAUUAUUUUAUGCUGUAGAUAGCAUACGGACAGUUCUGGCCUAUUCCAAUGACAGCUAUUACAACGCGACUGAUGAAGAAGUAUUCGCUGGCACUCGCAUGCUAGUGAAGACUCUGCAAAAAGUGACGAAAAGGCUUGACAAUCUGGAAUAUGAACUAAAACAACUGGUGUUCAAGGAGGCUGCUGAAGACUGUGAAAAACAACGUAGUCGUCUGGCAUAUAUUACCAACAACAAAGAGGCGUCAUUUUUAAUGAACUCCGUCGCGAGUAGAAAAGGCUCAUACUGGAUUGGACUUUAUAAGAAUGGGACUAACUGGAGAUGGUUAAAUGGUGAUUCGUUGUCAGCGCAUUCCUCCUAUUGGGCUAAAAAUACACCUCGAAGAUACUCGUGUGGUGUGCUAGAUAGCUGUCGAGCAGGCUCUGCAACAUGCCUCUAUGACUCCGGCUGCAAGAUUGUCAGGAAUUGGAUUUGUAAGAUGGUGGCCAAUACAAAGGUGAUAAUGGAAGAUCCCACAAAAUGAUUUCCUGUUCUCCAUGCAAAAAAGAACCAUUCAAAAAUAAAAGCAAAUGGCAAUCCCAGUCAACUUGCCAGUUUAUGGAAAUCAGAUGAAGUCUCAGCCAUGCAAAGUGGAAGACAUCACUAGCUGCCAUCUUCAGUUGUAAUAAUGGAAUACAGAAUAUCUACC